AUGAAUCAGCAACCACCUGAAUUUCUGAAAAAUAGUGAUGAGCCUACCAGGAUAAAUUCUCUUGAGAAGAGUAUGGAGCUUCUCAUGAGCACAUUCAUGACCAGCCAACAUAACAUGGAGAGACAAAUCUCUCAACUAGCCAAUACUCUCUAUGAAAGGGAAAAGGGUAAGAUGCCAAGUCAACCAGAUCCAAACCUUGGGACCUCUGUGCCCCUUCCACGUCACACUCAGCUGAAUUCUAUCCAUCAGAGUCCACACUACUCAGAACCCUCUAGUCAAUGUAAUGCCAUAUAUGCUCUAAGGAGUGGACGUGAGUACCAACAAGAGGUUCCAAUUCAACCAACUCCUGUAACUUCUGAGCCUCCUGUUAAUGUUGUGAAUGUUCCCCAUCCACUACCUAUUGUAAGUGCCCCACAUGACCCUCCCAUAGUUGUGAAUGACCAGCCCCCUGUCCAAGGUAUGUCUGAUGAACCUAUAGUGGUUAAUGAAGAGAAACAUGAAGAGCCAUCUAAGAAGACUUAUGUCCCUAAGGCUCCAUUUCCCAAUAGGUUUAAAAGCAAUAAGAAGGAUGCAAUAACUGAAAAAAUUUUAAAUAUCUUAAAAAAUGUGCAAGUUAACAUCCCUUUUUUAGAUGCUAUUUCCCAGGUUUCUACCUAUGCAAAAGUCCUCAAGGACUUAUGUAUUCAGAAACAAAAAAUUAAUGUACCUAAGAAAGCCUUCCUGACUGCCAAUGUGAGUUCAGUUCUAUCACAACAGAUAGUGGCUAAGUAUAAGGAUCCUGGUUGCCCAACUAUCUCAUGUAUGAUUGGUAAUACUAGAAUUGACCAUGCCCUUCUUGAUCUAGGAGCUAGUGUCAAUUUAUUGCCAUAUUCAGUGUAUCAACAAUUAGGGUUAGGAGACCUUAAGCCAACAUCUGUCACAUUACAAUUGGCAGAUAGAUCAGUCAAGACUCCAAAAGGAGUAAUUAAGGUUGUGUUAUUAAAGGUUGGGGAAUUUCUUUUUCCUAUGGAUUUCAUAAUCCUAGAUACCCAACCUAAGACCAAUAUCAAAGGAUAA